CCCCACCCUCUGGUGAAGCCAACAACACCAACAAUCUUGAGCAAAAUGGCUGACGAUGGCAUGCUCCUCAACUUUUCCAUACCCGAUGGCGGUAUACUAACUAAGCCAAGCAUGAAGGGCGGUAAUUGGCGAGAGCGAGCAACGGCAAAGAAAGCAGCGCAAAACUGGCACACGAAGGCUACAGCACGCCUGAACGGGGAGACGAUCGCGAAGAAAGUGGUGGAGGAAAAGGCUACCGAUGUGAACCGCACAGAGCUUGGUCCGAGGACGAGGCGCGUCUCCAAGAGUCCUGAACUGCCAGAAAGCAGCGAAAGGCCCGUAAAAAGAGCGCGUGUCAGCGGGGAUUUCAGACCAAGGCCUGCCGAACAGGCAGGAGAAAGUGACUUCAGGCCUCAGUCAAAUCCAGGUGUGACGAGAAAACCUGAAGAGAGGCAACAAGCGCCAAAAGGUGGAAAGCAGAUCAUCUCGUCUCUAUUCACCUACAACCCCACUUCGACGACCAAGCCCGAAGUGAAAGCGCAAACCGAAGACGAUGCGCCAGUCGAGCCCUCGAAUGCGCCGCUCACGAGCGAGCUCGACACAUUUACCUCACUGGGUAUAUCUACGACACUUGCGUCGCAUCUGCUGAACAAGAUGGAGCUGAAGGCGCCAACGGCUAUUCAGAAGGCGGCAAUAGCACAGCUGGUCAAGGAUGACUCUGAUGCGUUUAUUCAGGCAGAGACAGGCUCUGGAAAGACCCUGGCAUAUCUGCUACCAAUCGUACAGAGACUCAUGGAGCUGUCGGCGAACAUGAAGAAGCGGAAGGAUGACGAGGCUGUACAGAGAUCUUCAGGUCUGUUCGCGAUCAUCAUGGCACCGACGCGAGAACUCAGCAAGCAAAUCGCGCUCGUGCUGGAGAAGUUAUUGGGAUGCGCCCAUUGGCUGGUAGCUACUACAGUCAUUGGUGGAGAGAAGAAAAAGUCCGAGAAGGCACGUUUACGCAAGGGCAUCAACAUUUUGGUCGCGACUCCUGGUCGAUUGGCAGACCAUCUUGAACACACAGAAGCUCUGGACGUGAGCAAUGUCAGGUGGCUCGUUUUGGAUGAAGGAGAUCGCCUGAUGGAGCUCGGGUUCGAACAGGAGAUUCAAAAGAUCGUCGGUGCGCUCAACCUACGCAUGCGAGCGAAGAAAGAGGGCAAAUUCAAGAUACCAGGACUGCCAGAGAAGCGUACGACUGUGCUUUGUUCUGCAACAAUGAAAAUGGAUGUUGAGCGAUUAGGCCAGAUCAGUUUGAAGGAUGCUGUACACAUCCGAGCUGAUCCUACUGAGAAGGAGAAAGAUGAAGGCGAAUCGCACGACGGUCGCACCUUCUUUGCGCCAGCACAGUUGAAGCAGUCUUAUGCUGUGGUGGCGCCAAAACUUCGAUUGGUCUCAUUGAUUGGGUUUUUGAAGCGAGCAUUUUCGCGAAAGGGUUCAGUGAUGAAAGCUGUUGUGUUCAUCUCAUGCGCAGAUUCAGUCGACUUCCACUUCGACAUCCUUACCAGCAAGCUCGAAGAGGACGAGGUCAAAAACGCCGUAGAGGAACCAGAAGAGAAAAACGCGGACGGAUCAUCAAAGCCCGCGAAGAAACCAAAAGCACCUCCUCAGGCCGAUCCCACCAAGCUCACACUAACACAUGCCGAAUCUCCUAUACUUGCUACCAAGACACAUGCCGUAACUGCAUAUCGUCUCCACGGCUCUCUCCAACAAUCGCUUCGAACAUCGACCCUUGCUCACUUCGCCAAGAACACCGAGCCAUCCAUUCUCAUUGCCACUGAUGUCGCCUCGCGUGGUCUCGAUGUGCCAAAUGUAGAUUUGGUAGUAGAGUUCGACCCCGCGUUCGCUCGCGAAGACCAUCUACAUCGUAUCGGUCGUACCGCGCGUGCCGGACGCGACGGACGAGCAUGUGUUUUCCUCAUGCCCGGCUGCGAAGAGGGCUAUGUCGACAUCCUCAAGAGCGACCGCAAAGACAGCGAGGCCGGCGUCACCAUCACACGCCAGGACGCUGAUGAGAUUCUGAAGCGAGGGCUCGUCACCUCCGGCAUCGUCGAGAAGAACGCCUACAUGGACAAAGCAACAGACCUCCAACUCGCCGUGGAACGCUGGGCCCUGGCUUCGCCACAACGUCUCGAAGCCGCACGCAGAGCUUACCAGAGCCAUAUUCGCGCUUACGCUACGCAUGUCGCGCCCGAGCGUCAGUACUUCGACAUCAAGUCGCUUCAUCUUGGGCACUUGGCCAAGGCUUUCGCGCUCAGAGAACGACCUUCUGGUAUGAAGGUUCCCGGCCUGCGUACGGGUGCUGGGCGCAGUGACAGGACGCCAGCCAAGAUACGAGGCGCUGGCACGGGCGCGAAGCCAGACGGCGCGAGCAGGAAAACUGCUGCUACGGGUACGAAGAAGGCUGUGGAUCUAGAUCUUCCUGAGGGUCAGGAUACCGAGGAGGCGGCCAAGAUGCGAAAGGCGGUUCGUGCGAGGGAGAAGUUUAUGCGGCAUGCGGGAAUGGCGAACGAGUUCAACUUGGGGUGAGAGUGGUGUUGCUACGAGUGCUACAUAUAAUCAAUACGAG